AUGACAGAGCUUUCAGGAAGUCGGAUAUUCACCGGCUCCAGGGUUUUAGGUUAUGUCAGUACACAUGUGCCAUUUGUGGCUAGAUUUAUUAAAAGACGAGGAGAAACACUGCUAUGUACAAGUGUGGGAAAGUGGUUUCAUACAUAUGGAUGUGAUAAGUUUCGUUUACUGAGCGUCAGCGGUGAGCAUCCCGGGCCAAUCACGUAUAUGAGUGGAGACAGUUAUCAUGUCUAUACAGCAAGUGAAAAUAACAUUUAUGCGUGGCGACGAGGUUGUGAGCUUAAACACGUAUAUAAAGGCCACAAUGCCCCUAUACAUUUAAUGCUACCAUUCGGUAUUCAUCUUAUAUCCAUAGAUGAAGACAAUGUUCUAAAGAUAUUUGAUAUUAAAGAUGAAUCUGAAUUCCUUGAGCUUGGAUUUGAUGAGCAAACCUUCAAAGUGACUACUCUAUGUCAUCCUCCAACUUAUCUGAACAAGAUACUCCUUGGAAGUCAACAAGGGCAGUUGCAGAUAUGGAAUGUCCGUACAUCAAAGUUGGUGUUUACAUUCCAAGGAUGGGACUCAGCAAUAACUGUUACGGAGCCAGCUCCAGCCGUAGAUGUGGUGGCGGUGGGAUUAGCCAAUGGGAAGAUAAUCCUACACAACUUAAAGUUCAACCAGUCAGUAAUGGAGUUUAUUCAUGAUUGGGGAAUGGUCAGCUCAUUAUCCUUUAGACUUGACGGAGUCCCUGUUAUGGUAACUGGGAGUUCCGCAGGUCACAUAGUUAUGUGGGAUUUAGAAGAGCGAAGAGUGUUAUCUCAAGUACAAUCUGCUCAUUAUGGAAAAAUAUCUGGAUUGAAGUGUUUGAUGUCCGAACCUUUGAUGGUGACAAAUUCUGCAGACAAUUCAUUGAAGCUGUGGAUAUUUGAUAUGCCUGAUGGUGGUGCAAGGCUUUUGAGAAGAAGGGAGGGGCAUGCUAAACCACCAACCAUGGUGUGUCACUGUGAGCCAAGCGGUAACAACAUCCUCGCUGCUGGCAGUGACAGUAGCCUCCAUAUAAUGAACACAGUGUCAGAAACAUUCAACAAAAGCCUUGGAAAAGCAUCACAUAGCAGAAAGGCUUCAAAGAAGAAAAAGAGAUUGCAGUUUGAUAAUUUAGUACUACCACCAAUUACUAAGAUUAGUUCUUGUAUGCAAAGAGACAAGCAGUGGGACAGUAUAGCCUCUCUUCACCAAGGAUUCUUUGUGGCUACGACAUGGUCUUACAAUAAAAUGCGAAUGGGAGAUCAUAAGUUGAAACCUCCAGAAAUGGACAAAGGAGUUGUAGCUACUUGUUUAACUGUUACACACUGUGGAAACUUUGUAAUUAUUGGCUACUCCAAUGGUCAAGUUCACAAAUUCAACAUGCAAUCUGGUAUACACCGUGGCUGCUAUGGCAAAGACAAGAAGUUGGCACAUAAGGGUGCUCUCAGAGGUGUUGAAACUGAUCUUUGUAACCAGAGGGUGAUCACUGUUGGAGCUGAUGAUAAACUGAAGCUAUGGCACUUUAAACGAACAAAAACAACCCCGUACCACGUAAUGAGGUUAGAAGAAUCUGUGUCUAGCACAAAAUGCCACCGAGACAGCGGUUUAUUAGCUCUGGCAAACGAAGACUUUUCCAUUACCCUUAUUGAUAUUGACACCAUGAAUAUUGUAAGGAAGUUCGACGGUCACGACGGAAGGAUAACCGAUAUCGAAUUUGAUACUCAAAGCCGAUGGCUGAUCAGCUCAUCAAUGGAUUGCACCAUUUGUACCUGGGAUAUUCCAAGUGCCAAAUUAGUUGAUAUCUUUUCGGUUGAAAAACCAUGUACCUCACUCAGUAUGUCGCCUACUGGAGAUUUCUUAGCGACAACUCACGUGGGAGAAGUCGGCGUCUUCCUAUGGGCCAACAGAUUGUUGUACGAGAGAAUAUUCCUUAAGCCGAUAGACAAGAAAGAAGUUCGUGUGCCUAAAUUAAGAUUACCAAGCACAGCUCCAGAGAAACCCGAAAUAGACGACUUAGGAAGAAUAGACUUGGGCGAAGAACCAGAAUAUAUAUCUCCGAUACAAAUUAGUGAAGAACUUAUAACCUUAUCCGACCAGCCUACUUCCAGAUGGUUGAAUUUGUUACAUCUUGAUGUCGUUAAGAAAAGGAAUAAGCCUAAAACUCCCUUCACUGUCCCAAAAUCAGCACCGUUCUUCUUACCGACUAUAGCGAGUCUCGACUUAGAGUUCGACCUAGAGAAAGACAAGGACGGAAAUAAAGAGACCAAGUUGUUAAUGCCCGAUUCUUUAUCAACACUGACGGCAUUCGCAAAGAAAUUAAUCGUUUGCGAGACAGUCGAGAAUUACGAGAAGUGUAUAGAGAAAUUGAAAACGUUGCCGCCCGCGGCCAUCGAGGCAGAAGUGACAAGUAUGGCGCCCGACGCUGGCGGCAAUAUUGACGUUAUGAAACAAUUCCUCAAAAUGUUAGAUGUCAUGUUAAAAAGUAAUAGAGAUUUCGAGUUAGCUCAAUCAUAUUUGAGCUUGUUCCUCAAGAUGCACACGAAAAUCAUUUCGCAGAACGAGGAAAUGCGAAAUUCUUUGGGAUCAGUUGAGGAAUCCGCGACCAAGGCGUGGGCUAAAUUACAAAAUGAAUUAUUGUAUAACAUAUGUGUUGUAAAGGCGUUGAAAGAUAUGUAA